UCAUUCUCCCUGUCCUCCUAUGAUUUGUCAAAGCAGUCUAUUAAAUACGUCAAAACUUGUCAUGAACAAUCGAAACCUGUCGGAUUUUAUUAUCCUUCCCUGCCUGAUUCUACUGGCUUCCGAUGCGGGCAUAACUGAUGUAAGGGUCAAACGAUUAUCGGAACCUACGAUUGACAAUAAAACAAGCAUCUUAGCCAGAUAUGUGGUCUCCCUGCGAACGAGAACGCCCUUCAGAUACUAUGGGGAUAAUCACUUCUGUGGCGGAGUCAUUAUAUCCCUCACAUUCAUCAUGACCAGCGCACACUGCCUCAUAGACAGUCAGAGGCUCAUGCUUUCGAGCAGGGACAUCCUUAUUGUGGCUGGGGCGCCCAACAGGCUCAAGUAUUUCAGGCAUAAGAAUGUCCAUGCACCAGUUGCGAAAAUUUUAAUUCAUGAAAACUUCACCAUAUACAACACCAACGAUUUGGCGCUAUUGAAGCUGGUUGAACCAUUGCCCACGGACAAUCAAUAUAUAGCUGUGAUGAGGUUACCCACAGAAGAGCCCAAACUGGGUAAUAAGUACACAGUCCUUGGCUGGGGUCGACUCUUCCACGGCGGUCCAUUGGCAUCGGACAUCACACAGAUCACGGUUACGCUAUAUAGCCACGUGGCUUGCGAACUGAUGUUGAAUGUCUUUACGGACGAGAUGAUGUGUGCCGGUAAUAUGGAUCACCGUGACAUAAAUCCCUGUGGCGGUGACCUGGGCGGUCCAAUGAUCGACGAUGACAUAGUGUAUGGUAUUGUCAGCUAUCGCAUCGGUUGCGGCCACAUUGAACUGCCGUCGGUCUAUACGAAUAUCUUUGGGAAUUUAGAGUGGAUCGAUAGCAUUAUGUCCCAAAAUCGAAGCUAUCGUCUCUAUAAUUGUGUCGCAUUCUUAUUAUUAGUAAUUAAUAUAAAUUUUUACGUCUGA